AAACAGAAAGUAGACCCUUGUGGUUCUCCAUGAGGAAAGCCUUUCACAAUAUAAUCUCAAUCUCAAGAACUCAUUUCAUGAAAGAAAUUGCUACUCUAAAGCAAACCACUUCAUUCUGUACAGUCUACAGUACGCACAAGGGUACAGUGAAGUUCUGAAAAGGUGAGGAGCUACUGAAAUGAAUCUCUCAACUUCGUGAACUGCAAUUUAGUGGCUGAUCGAGGCAGGGCCGUGUCUUCAUCUCAUCUCAGAGACAAAUGUACUGUUGGUCUUAUGUUCUAAAAGGAGAAAAUUGUUUAACAACAUGAGUGCAUUAUCAUCAGGGUCAGCAGACAAUGGAGAAGUGCAGAAUCUUCUGGUUGACCCAGAGACCACUGAUCUUGACGCUUGUACAGAUGGAGAACCAGAAUUGAUAAAGACUGGCAAAGAUACCUCUGGCUCUGACUCUGAGCCGUUGGUCAUAGACCUCCAGCAAAAUGCCCUUUUUGGUGAUGGAGAGUUGAGGCAACAUGAAGCAACUGAAGCUCACAAAACUUCCAGCGACUUGGCUGAAGGAGAUCCUGUUAUUUCCCGAUCUGAAGGCGACUCUUACAACUCCAUAUCUGUUGCUGGAAACAUUCCAGAUGUACAUAGUGUAUUAUCCAGCCAGGUGUCAGAUCUCUCCAAAGUACAGAAUUCAAGUAAAGAGAAAUGUGAUGAUCAUGAUGGACCUCUGUCUGUGCAUGUGACAGCAGUGGGUCCUGUCACAGCUGUUGCAGAAAGUCUGAAAGAGCUUGUAUCUAGUGACGGGAACGUUGAUCUGAGUUUGAGCAAUAAUUCCUCAGAUACAGCAUCAAAAAGAGAAUCUGAAAACAGUUACUCUCAUGAAGCUUCCGUUAUCCCAUCUCAGAAAGACAUUGAGCUUAGUAUUAUUACUAAAGACAGAGAAACUUAUCAAUCUGAUGCUUCUGAAAAAAAUUCAUUAGUUCAGGUCUCUUCUAAACCUAUGGAGACUCUGCCUUCAAAGGAUGGGGAUCUGAUGGUAGAGGACAUUGAGCCUGGAGAAGAUGAUGAAGCAGAUGAAGCAGAUGAUGAUGUAUUGCACAUUGAUUUGACGUCUAGGUGUGAAGAUAAUGCUCGCCCUCUGGAAGAUAAUGAAUGCACUAGUUCAGAUAUAGGAUAUAGAAAUAAGAUUUUGAGGCCCACUACUCAGUGUCAGGUAGAUGAAUCUGAGCAGACUAUGGAAAAGUUGUCAGUAGAUGGGAGCUCUCUUCCCAAGUCAUUUCCUGCCGGCAGCAAUGUGGCUGGACAGUCUGUGUCUCUGUCAGAAGCACCUGCCGAUGUUAGUGCAGUGCCUAGCAUGAGAACUGUUACUGUUAGUUUGUCACCUACCACAGGUACAACUAGGUCCUCAGAUACACAACAGAUACCAGCCGGACAUGGACAGUUGCAGCAUCAAGAGGUCAACUAUUCUGACAAUAGUGAUCAACUCCCAUCAUCAACGUCACCUGAGGUCUUUGGUCACUUCUUGUCGUCGGGGAAUCCAAGUGUCUCUGACCAGACCCCUGGAUCAUUAAAUCAACUCAGAGAACCAGUGUCCCCCAACUCCUUGGUCCAAGGUGACUCUGUUUCCUCCUUGAGGUCAAGGGUAGUUGAUCAGGUUUUAGGUCAGACCACAUCAUCACAUGACACAGGGGUCAAGGAUCAGACCACAUCAUCACAUGACACUGGGGUCAGAGGUCAGGUCACAUCACAUGACACUGGGGUCAAGGAUCAGACCACAUCAUCACAUGACACUGGGGUCAAGGAUCAGACAGUAUCAGCACAUGACACUGGGGUCAAGGAUCAGACAACAUCAUCUCAUGACACUGGGGUCAAAGGUCAGAUAACAUCAUCACAUGACACUGGGGUCAAAGGUCAGAUAACAUCAUCACAUGACAGUGGGAGCUCAGAUAAUUCCGUGUCAUCAACUAUAAGUAGAUUUUGUCUGUCAACAGUGCCCUACAUAUCCCCUGUGGCAAACUCGGUGCCUCAAACUGUGGACCAGCCUCUCGUCAGUUCCACAGAUCCAGAGGAAUUUCAGCCUGUCAUUGUGAGUGUGAGAGGGAACUGUGACCUAGGACAGGUUGAGAGCAGUCUGAGCAGGGUCCCAGCUGCAGAAGAAAGCACUGCUUUGAAUAUAGGCACGGGCACCUCGGCCAAUGCUAUGGUGGUAGUGAGCAACAAGGUGCGGUUAAUGGCUGCACAAAUGAAGGGAAAUCCCCAUGUGUUCCCGGAAAUCCUCCCGAAGACUUCUGAUUCAAAUGAUGGGGUACUCAUGCCAUUUUCACAACAGAAAAGUUUGACCUCAUUGCUGACUUUAGCUCAGAAAACUGUUAAUGAUGCUUGUGUGAAAGGGUCACAGCCUGUGUCCUCUGCAAUGACGUUGAGUGGGGUUCCCACCCCAACACCACCGACUACCUCAACGCUUGUGCAGAUGAUACCGGUGCCAUCAUUGUCAGUUACAAAGACAACAUCAGCCCAAGUGUCAAGCACUCAGAAAACUUCAUCCACGACAUUUCGUAAUGUCCUUAGACCUGUACAGCAGAGUUCUGGGUUGACUUCAGUUAUGAAAGUGAGCACAGAUAGAUCAACCAGUAAAAAGUUUCCCCACACGUCUAAUCUUCUGGCUUCUGCUGCUACCACCACGUCUCAGUUCUCUUGCAUUUUUCUGCAGGAUCCUCGCAGUGUCCAGGUGAAAAACCUUGCUGUUCUGAUUCCUCAAAAGAGCCCAUCUUUGACAUCUUCAGUAUUGUUAAAUAAGUCAGCUCUUCCUCCCGUAAUGGCCAGCACAGCGACAAGCGUCUCUGUCAGCAGCGCUCCCCUCAUUGGUGCCACUAAUACCCACAGUGCAACCUCAACUUCCACUGAAUCACUAGUGAACGAGACACCCCGCAGCCUACUGAACAAAGUGGUGACCAGGACUUUGAAUAAUUUUGGAGUGGAGCGUGCCGAUGUUUUAAACUCUGAUAUCCUCAAAGUCUCCCCAGCUCCAGCGGAGGAAGGUGACUCUCGUAAUUUUGUUUGCUCUGUGUGUAAAGACAAAUUUUACUCUAAAGUUGGUCUAGAGUAUCAUUUGCACAGGAAUAUUUUCUUGAUGGAAUAUUUUUGUAUAUACUGUCAGAAAAUGUUGUAUUUCUAUAACAAGUGCCGGUUUUGGAUGCAUAUAAAUGCUGAGAGUGCCACACCAAUUCAAAGAGUCCAUAAUGAGAUUACCCAUCUGAAAGUGAAGCCACAAAAUUGUUAUUCUGCAAGUAUGAUUGAAGACUCAGAUCCAGUGUUAAUGAAAAUGUUAUCAUUGGAAGAGACAGAAAAAGUCUGUCGUGGCUGUAAUGAGAACUUUCCCGAUCUGGCGUCACUGCAGGACCACCUUAUCCAGAACCCUCUACAAAAGGCUUUGCCAUGUGCAUUGUGUCAGAUGAAGCUGCCAACACCUUGUGCCUUAAAAGCUCACACAAAAAUACACACUCUUACCCUCUCGUCCGUCUUAGAUUUCAGUUGUCCUGAGUGUGGUGUUGAUGAUCUGAAAGCUUUGUGUGAUAAUGAAAAGACAUGCAGACCAGUGUUUGACCAUUUGGAUAAGUGCUCACACUUUAACAGGGUUACGACCAUUACGUGCAAGUGUAACGCAGUCUUCUUUGAUGAGAUCUCCAUAAAGUAUCAUUUCUUGACCAAGCACAUGCAGACCUUGUACAGGUGCUCCUAUUGUGCCAUUGCCUUUUUGAAUGACUUUCCAAAACUUGUCAGUCACUGUCAGAGUAUUCACAAAAUAGCUUUAUACGAAACUCAACCUGUCCUGUUUUGUUCCUUCUGCAACGUUGCAUGCAAGACUUACUUAGAAGUGGGUCAGCAUUUGAGUCAGCAUUACAAAGUCUGGCGGGCGACAGGGCCUCAAUACUCUCGUUGGAAAUGUUUUAUCUGUCAACAGUGUUUUGUUAGUAAAGAAGAGCUAAAGAAACAUGCUGACUCUGACCACACUCAUAAGGCCAAGAGGUGCACACUAUGUUUCAGUUUGUUCUCAAACCGCCAGAACCUUGUGGAUCAUAUUGUGUUGAAAAAAUGUAAGCGAACUCUCCCAGUCAAACUCAAUCUCUGUGUCGAUCUGCUAGACACGUUAAGUGAUGACAUUGUGGCGACCAAGAUGACUGAAUUGGUGUCAGAGAUAAAAUCGAUGCUGGCUAGAAAGAAAAAUCCCUUCAGUGCUACAACUCCAAACUCGACAACAAAUAAUGCUCGGACAGUUACUAACACUAACGUUGUGUUAAGAAAGCAUCAGGCUGCCCAGCCAGAAAAUAGGUUUCAGUUGCGUGUGGCAUUUUCUGAUACGCAAGGGCUGAGCAAAGCGAUUGCAGGAGGGAGAAAGAGAAAGAUUGCUCCCAAGAGAGUAAACCAAGAUUCUGAGGUAGAUGUGGAGCCUCACCAGUGCCAUGCGUGCAAGAUUGUAAUACGAGGUGCAGAGAAUUUCUCCUCUCACUUGACACGUCAUGCACUGAUUGGCAAGCACAUUAGCCUGGAUGUUACCCGAUGUGUUAUUUGUAAGAGGCUAGUGACUAAUGCAGCUCUCUCUGCUCACAUUCAAAAGCAUCAAGAGAAGGGUGUGAAGAUCUGUUCUAAAUGCCAACGCAGGGAUUUUAAAACUAUGAAAGAGGCUCUUGACCAUGGAAAUACAUUUUGUGGUUAUACGUUUGUUAAUGGGAUAGGUGAAGUUGUUGACCCUGGUUGUGAAAGUACCACAGUCUCCCAGGGUGAAGGUCAAACUAGUGAAGGAGAUGACAAUAAUGAUAUAGCGAUGGGGGAUGCCGUUGAAACGGAUGUUGCUGAAGGUGAUGGCAACAACUGUGAGAGUAUGGAAGAUCCCCCUCCUGCUCAGGUUGUGUUAUUUCCGUGCUUACUGUGUGGCAUGACGUUCGUGAAUAAAACAGACCAUGACGAACAUGUAAGCAGAAUGCAUGACGGGACGAGAAUUGUUUAUUACUGUAUGGCAUGCAAGAAACGUGGUAAAAUGAAAAUGUUCAAGAAAAGGCAAGUGGUGGUCAAGCACAUUGCAGUCAAACACAGAUUGACUGGCGCUGCGGCCAUUAAUAAACUGAUUAAACAGGUAGAGCAAAAUGUGACAAGUGGCAAAGAGCUGGUAGCGUCUUCUUCCAAUUCAGACAAAACAACUGAUGCCCCGCCUCCAAAACGUCUACGCAUUGAAGCCCAAGGGGAUUUUCUGUGUGGCAAAUGUGCCUUCUCCUGUAGUGACAGUGAAGAGUUCUCUAAGCACAUUUCCAGCCACAAUGCCAAGCAGGAGCCCCAGUGCCCAGAGUGUGGUCUCUGUUUCACUGUGGCCUCUGCCAUGAACAAACACCUUUUUGCUGUGCACAAGAUUAAGGAAAUAGACGAAUAUUUGAAGGAAAAGGGUUUAAUUGAGUCAGAAGAGGAGGAGGAAGAAGAAAUGGACACACAGCCAGUUCAAGUCUAUCCGCUGCCUUGUGUCAGCAUUAAUGACAAUGAGAGUUCAGCUGCUAAACGUAAGACCAGACAAGUUGUUGAAAAGAAUCCCUUAGAAUGCAAUGUGUGCUAUAAAGUGUUUGACUCUGAGGCCACCCUGAAGACUCAUAUGAGAAAUCACGGGAUGGCUUUCAUUAGGUCAAGGAGACACAAAGUGUGACUCAACAUACUCUGUUAGUUUGUGUGAAUGUGUGUGUGUGUGUGUGUAUGUCUAAAAAUAGGCAGAAGAUGGAAUUAAAUAUUUAGCGUGACAAGCUAUAUUUUAAUAUUUUGAACUGUGGGAGGGAUGUCAGAAUAUCUACUGAGAAAGUGGAUGAGGUAUUGACACCUUUUGUCUUAUGAGCCAUUGCCAAAAGGUCACCACUUCCUCAGUAGCAGUACGCCAAAUUUUAAACACUCAUAUUUCAGCUUGUAAAUUUUAUACUUAGAAAGGAAACCCAGGGUUCUUCCUUUGCAUGAAAUUGUGUUGGCAAGAUAACUUUCUUGAGGGUUUUACUUGCAGAGGAUGUUUUCUGAGCCUUGUCAUUUCGUUGCGGUUGUAUCGCUGCACAACAUAAAACUGCCUAUUGUAGUUGCAAUUUUCACAGAAAUAGUCUAAAUUUUUACUUAGAACACCACACACAUGCAUGUGGCAAAAUGAUAGAAGUUUCAAAUUCUUCUUGCGAUUGUUCUUCAGCUUAUCAUUGGAGCAUUAGAAUUUCAUGUAACUUGUAUUGUAAGCCAAGACCUCUUAUAAUUUUGUUUUGGUGCUAAGAAGCAAUUGCACAGUCUAUUUAUUUUAUUUCUUAUCAAUGUUAUAGUGGUGGCUCCAGUACCUAAAUAAUGCAUUGGGCUAAUCUUUGCCCUCUCAAUUCAGAGGUGCAUCAGGAUACAAUUGAGCCUGACCAGUGCCUUAUCAUGUGUGAGAUCCAGUGUCGCAUGUUGUUCUGCCUUAUCAUGUUCCUUUGAAGUGGGGAAGAACUCCAGUUUUGUGGGUUUCAUAGGAACUUUCUCAAUACUGCAAAUGAGAAUUUCAUUGGUUUGCUUGACCGGUGCCUGUGUUUUAGUUAAUUAGUGGUUAGGCUCUCCACUGUAUCACACAAAAAACCUGAGUUCAUUUCCCGAGUGGGGAGAAUGUUUAUUGAGUGUCUCUGUCUUUCGUCUGGGAUUCUGCAUCCUUCUAAUCUGGGGUUGACCUAGACAGGUAGAGUUGGAAACCCACCUCAUAAAUGAUCUAAAUUGUGUCAAUGGGGGCAUGAAACACUAACAGUAAAGUAACAUGUAUUAUAUUAAAAAUAAAAACAGAAUUGCUGGUGAUGAGGUCCUGAUCCUCUUUCAUGUGUCUGCUGGAUGUCUUGGUCUUUGAUGAAUGGGUGGUUGGCGUGUGGUCUAGUGUGGUUUGUUUCUAUUUCUUAUACAAAAUCGAUCAUCAUUAUCUCUUCUGCUUUUCUUUGUAUGUUACAAAUUACGACUUAAACCUUCAGCACUAAUACCCCCCGGGGCAAUGCCACUGACUGUAGUGUCUUUAGGCCAUUCCCAAAAGGGGGACAUAUCUCGUUCAAGCAUAGUAGAGUU